AGCCCGCAUUGAAGGAUGAGAGUUCCAGCAAACCACCCCCGGUACAUGCAUUGAAGGCACAGUCAUGCUCCCCUCUCGGGUACGCAUUGAAGCGUCCUGUCAGAGCGCAGGUGCGCGCCAGUUGCAAUAAAUAGGUCCCCCGGUGCCGGGCGUUCCCUGCGCGCCACCGUCGAGCCGCGGUGUCAUCUGUAGCUGUAGGAGAGCGACUGCGAGCUCGACGAGCUGAGCAGCCGGAGCUGGUGGAGCAUCUGAGCUGAUGAGCGCGGCCACAAUGGCGGCGGGCGCGGCUGCUGCUGGUGCCGAGGCCGGCGGGGCGCUGGGCGAGACGGUGCGGGAGCUGCGGGAGGCGUACGAGGGCGGCAGGACCCGGAGCCUGGCGUGGCGGCAGGCGCAGCUCCGGGGCCUCCUCCGGCUGCUCAAGGAGAAGGAGAUGGAGGCGUUCCAGGCGCUCCACACGGACCUCGGCAAGCACCACGCCGAGGCCUUCAGGGACGAGGUCGGGGUGCUCAUCAAGUCGGCCAACGGCGCGCUGCAGCAGCUCCGCAAAUGGAUGGCUCCGGACAGGGUGUGGGUGCCGCUGAUCGCGUGGCCGGCGACCGCGCAGGUGGUGCCGGAGCCGCUCGGGGUCGUCCUCAUCUUCUCCUGCUGGAACUUCCCAUUGGGCCUGUCGCUGGAGCCGCUGAUCGGGGCCCUCGCGGCCGGGAACGCCGUGGCGCUGAAGCCGUCGGAGCUCUCGCCGUGCACCGCCCGGUUCCUCGCCGACAACAUCGGCGGCUACAUUGACGCCUCAGCGGUCAAGGUCGUCAACGGCGGACCCGAGGUCGGGGGGCAGCUCAUGGAGCACCGCUGGGACAAGGUCCUCUUCACCGGGAGCCCCCGCAUCGCGCGCUCCGUGAUGGCCGCGGCGGCCCGGCACCUGACGCCCGUGGCGCUGGAGCUGGGCGGCAAAUGCCCGUGCAUCUUCGACGCGGCGGCGGCCGGCGCGCGGGACCUGCAGGUCUCGGCGAACCGCAUCAUCGCCGGCAAGUGGUCCUCCUGCGCCGGACAGGCCUGCAUCGCCAUCGACUACGUGCUCGUCGAGGAGCGCUUCGCGCCCGUCCUCGUCAAGGUGCUCAAGUCGACGCUCAAGCGCUUCUUCCAGGACGCAGACCACAUGGCGCGGAUCGUGAACGAGCGCCACUUCCAGAGGCUCAGCGGCCUCCUCAAGGACAGGGCCGUGGCGCCGUCCAUCCUGCACGGCGGCUCCGUGGACGCCAAGAACUUGUACAUUGAGCCCACGAUACUGCUGAACCCGCCGCUGGACUCGGCGAUCAUGACCGAGGAGAUCUUCGGGCCCCUGCUCCCCAUCAUCACGGUGAAGAAGAUCGAGGACAGCAUCGCGUUCGUGAAGGCCAUGCCGAAGCCGCUGGCCAUCUACGCCUUCACCCGGGACGCCGCGCUGCGGCGCCGGGUGGUGGAGGAGACGUCGUCCGGGAGCGUCACCUUCAACGACGCCGUGGUGCAGUACGCGAUCGACGGGCUACCGUUCGGCGGCGUCGGGCAGAGCGGGUUCGGGCAGUACCACGGGAGGCACUCGUUCGAGAUGUUCAGCCACAAGAAGGCGGUCAUGAAGCGGGGCUACCUCCUGGAGCUGACGCUCAGGUACCCGCCGUGGGACGACAGCAAGGUCACCCUCAUGCGCUACCUCUACCGCUUCAACUACUUCGCCUUCGUGCUCGCCUUCCUCGGGCUCAGGAGAUGAUCCAGCUCGGCUCCAGCAUCGACGCAAGAAAAUUGCACGUGGAUAUUUAAUUUGUUUGAGACCAAUAAACUGAUGGUGAAUGAAUGAAUGAUAAGCGAAUAAAGAAUAGUAGUAUGCAGUAAUUAUGUUUGUGGUGAAGACUGAAGAGCAAGUAUCGUAUACAGUAUGUGCUACUGCACUGCACCCGCUCUAUGAUUGCUUCUAGUGAGACAAUGUAAAAUACCUUUCAGUGUUUAGCAGCGCAUACUGGCCGGAUA